GAAGGUCAAUGUGGGUCAGAGAGCUCGACGUUAUUUAUGAAUAUAAGAUACGGUAUGAAGGUGAGAUCCCCGUCUUCUUCAAAGUCGAAUCCCUUGGCGUCUCACUUUGAGCCUCCAAAUUGUCCUACAUCAACCUAGACAUUCACCCACCCCGCAAAAGCCAAUGUCCCAAGUCCAAGUCAAGUCAACCUAUAAUUAAUAAACAUGGGCAGAACCAUAGAUGAGAAGAUGGAGAGCCAUGAACGAACACCAUUAAUUGCGACCGUACGAGUCGCUCCUCGAAGAGAACGAUAUCCUCAUAGCUUCGUCCGCCGUUUCUGCACGAUAGCACUUGGAUCCUCUCUCGUUGCAUUUACAGGCCUAUUCCUAUUCCUCGUUGUCUUUCAACCACAUCACCACCACCAUAGACAUGAUCGAUGGGCACAAAGCGAGGACAAAUUGAGCUAUAAGGAGUUGCAGCAGAUCUUGUUGGAUACACCAGACCCAGAGAAAGCUUCAGAGUGGAGUAAAUACUAUACUUCUGGACCUCACUUGGCAGGAAAGAACUAUAGCCAGGUGCUAUGGACACAAGAGAGAUGGCAAGAAUUUGGCAUUCAGGCAGACAUUGCAGCGUACGAUACCUAUAUCAAUUACCCUCUGGGUCAUAGACUCGCUCUGUACGAGAAAACGGAGACCGAGGGAGUAGACUCGUGGUCUGUUAAAUACGAGGCGACCCUGGAGGAGGACAUCCUCGAAGAAGAUCCCACCACUGGGCUGGAAAACAGUAUCCCAACUUUUCACGGAUAUUCCGCCACUGGGAACGUCACAGCUCCAUACGUAUAUGUCAAUUACGGAACAUACCAAGAUUUCGAAGACCUUGUUGCUGCGAAUGUCAGCCUUGAAGGCAAGAUUGCACUUGCAAAGUAUGGGGGUAUAUUCCGUGGUCUCAAAGUGAAGCGUGCACAAGAUUUGGGCAUGGUUGGUUGUGUGAUCUUUACUGAUCCUGGUGAUGACGGACUUGUGACGGACGAAAAUGGAGUCGAUACGUAUCCUAGUGGUUCGGCAAGAAACCCUAGCAGUGUCCAGAGAGGAAGUACUCAAUUCUUGAGUGUUGCACCUGGUGAUCCCACAACACCUGGUUAUCCAUCUAAGCCCGGAGUUCCACGUCAACCAGUCGAGGGUUCAAUCCCAUCUAUUCCUUCCAUUCCCCUCUCAUACGCCGAAGCUAUACCCAUAUUAAAGACCCUGAAUGGUCAUGGUCCAUCACCGAAGAGUUUCAACAAAGCUUGGCAAGAGAACCUGGGCCUCAAGUACAAAGGAGUCGAAUAUAAUGUUGGGCCUUCACCUGACCAUCUUGUUCUCAACCUCGUCAAUGAGCAAGAAUAUGUUACUACGCCUCUUUGGAAUGUGAUUGGUGUCAUCAAUGGCACACUGUCAAACGAAGUUAUCGUCAUUGGCAACCACCGUGAUGCUUGGGUCGCUGGUGGUGCUGGUGAUCCUAACUCUGGUUCAGCAGCAUUGAACGAAGUCAUCCGAUCUUUCGGUGCUGCUUUGGCAAAGGGCUGGAAGCCACUUCGUACAAUUGUCUUCGCCAGCUGGGAUGGUGAGGAGUAUGGCCUAAUUGGCUCGACCGAAUGGGUUGAAGAAUACAUUCCUUGGCUCUCCGCAGCCAACGUUGCAUAUGUCAAUGUCGAUGUUGCGACUGUUGGUCCAAUCUUUAAAGCAGCCGCAUCUCCCCUUCUCAACAAGGUGAUGUACGAGAUUGCUGACUUGGUUCAAUCACCAAAUCAAACUGUGGAAGGGCAGACUGUUGGUGACCUCUGGAAUGGCCACAUCAGCACCAUGGGAUCUGGUUCUGAUUUUACCGCAUUCCAAGACUUUGCCGGUGUUCCUUCUAUCGACAUGGGAUUCGGACCUGACCCCGAAGCGCCAGGAGAUACUGGAGGAGCUGUCUAUCAUUAUCACUCCAACUACGAUUCCUACCAUUGGAUGGCUACAUAUGGUGACCCAGGCUUCCAUUACCAUGCUACAGUGGCAAAGCUCUGGGCCUUGUUCACGGCUAGACUUGCUGAAGCGCCUGUUGUACCUCUCAACGCAACAGACUACGCCAUCGCAAUUCAAGGAUACAUUUCCAAUGUCGAGUCCAAGCUCGACGCCCUUAUGUCUGGAGAGUCUGCUGAUGAGUUUUCCAUCGAAGCUCGUGCUCGACCAACUCCAUCAUUGCCAAAAGGAGACGUGGAUGAUCUUAAGCUCUCGUUCAAGGUCCUCCACAUUGCCGCUAACAAGCUUCUCCGUGCAGCCAAGCGCCACGAUGCUUGGGCCGCGAAGCUCGCUACUCACGCAGAGGAAGAUCUCUCUUGGUGGCGAGUCAUCGAAAAGUGGAGGCUGAGGCAUCACAUCGCUGUUGUUAACAAGAAGUACAAAUUCUUGGAAAGACAGUUCCUGCAUGAGAAGGGUUUGGAUGGCAGACCAUGGUUCAAGCAUGUUAUUUUUGCGCCAGGACUCUGGACUGGGUAUGCUGGAGCAGUAUUUCCGGGACUUGUGGAGGCGAUCGAUGAUAAAGAUUACGGAAAUGCGAAGAAGUGGGUGGGUAUAAUCGAGGGGACUAUCUUCAAGGCUGCUAGGAGUCUGAGGUGAUUCGUCUUCUGAAUUGAAGUUCGUGGACGUAUAUAAAUGAGAGAACUAGGUAGACAUCGGGUGAACUGGGACCGAACAUUUGGGAACGAAACAGAGCGUUGGACUUCACUCAUAGAUAAGAGAAAAAAGUACAAUUCGGUAGUUUCUCACAAAUCCUCAAG